CCUCUCUAUACUUUAGCAAUAAAUUGGUCAUAAGCGAGCUUGUUCUAUCUCCGCAAUCCAAAUCCACCAUCUCUCGUCUUCCUCCGCACAUCCUCCCAUCGAAUUUGUCGACAAUAUGACGAGAAUCAUCCCCACCGACCACAGUAAACAACCCAUCCCGACUAUGCCGAGGACUGAGACCACCAGAAGCUCGAAUCCCUCCCUUCGCAGCGUCGAAUCAUAUGCGAAGCCCUUCUGUGACUUUUUGACCGAGAAUCCGACGAUCUUUCAUUACGUGGAUGCAACCGCGAAGCAGCUUGAGAAGAAUGAGUACACGAAGCUGUCGGAGCGAGACGAGUGGAAGCUGCAUCGCGGAGGGAAAUACUACUUGGAGCGCAAUGGAAGCAGUCUGAUCGCUUUCGAGGUUGGGGAAGGUUAUGAGCCUGGAAAUGGAGUGGCGAUGCUGGCUGCCCACGUUGAUGCGUUGUGUAUAAAACUGAAGCCGGUAUCGAACCUCUCAUCAAAGGCUGGAUAUACCCAGCUAGGUGUCGCACCGUAUGCAGGCGCCAUGAAUUCCACGUGGUGGGAUCGCGAUCUGGGUAUCGGUGGACGAGUCCUUGUGAAAGAGGCGAGCGGCAAAAUCGUGUCUAAGCUGGUAAAGCUGGAUUAUCCCAUCGCGAGGAUACCGACAUUGGCUCCUCAUUUUGGAGCUGCAGCCAAUGGACCCUUCAAUCAAGAGACGCAGAUGGCGCCAAUCAUCGCUCUGGACAAUUCCACCGAGCCAUACUCGACGGACGAUAAUGACUCCAAACCUACCGCACUCGGAGGUGAAGGGUCAUUCAUCUCGACACAACCGCAUGCUCUGGUCAAAGCCAUUGCUGGAGAGAUGGGGAUCUCCGAUUAUGGCAGCAUAGUCAACUGGGAGCUUGAGCUUUUUGACAUACAGCCCGCCGCUCUUGGUGGCUUGAACAAAGACUUCAUCUUCGCUGGCCGGAUCGAUGACAAACUGUGCUCCUGGGCCGCCAUCCAGGCUCUCAUUAACAACAGCUCAUCCUCUUCCAGCUCGUCCUCUUCACUGAUCAAAUUGGUCGCGCUCUUUGACGACGAAGAAAUUGGCUCGAUGCUCCGCCAAGGUGCUCGCUCGAACUUUCUCCCCUCCACCAUCUCACGCAUCGUCGACUCGUUCGCAUCGCCCUCGACGCCAUCAUUGGUCUCCCGCACAUUCGCAAACUCCUUCCUGGUCUCAUCCGAUGUCAUCCACGCCGUGAACCCGAACUUCCUGAAUGCCUAUCUCCCCCACCAUGCACCGAGGCUGAAUGUUGGCCUUGCUGUGUCAGCCGACCCGAAUGGGCAUAUGACAACAGAUGCCGUAAGCACGGCGAUCCUUCAACGAUGUGCCGAGAAGUGCGACUCGGUGCUUCAGGUCUUCCAAAUUCGGAAUGACAGCCGCAGUGGAGGAACCGUUGGACCCAUGCUGUCCUCUGCGAUGGGCGUGCGUGCAGUCGAUGCCGGCAUCCCGCAGCUGUCAAUGCACAGUAUUCGCGCAACGACUGGUAGCAAAGACCCUGGGCUCGGAGUCAAAGCUUUUGAAGGAUUCCUAAACCACUACGAGACAGUUGAUGCAGAGUUCAAGGCAUAAUUGAAGGGUCUCAUUCUUGUUUUCUAGUCCAUCACCGAGUUUAUAUAGUAGAAGAUCAUGCGCUAGAAACUAUAAAUAGAGCAAUGCAGCUGGUUGGAUUGGUAAAGAGUAUAUUGUAC